AUGUCAGGGGAGAAAAGAAAGAGAGAGUCUAAGACUACAGAAUUAAGGGUUUCGUCAUACACGGAAGAUCCCGCCGUUGUGGUUGGAUCAUUUUUCAAGGGCUUAUCAGUUCCAAGCGACAUGGAAUUUGAUUUAUAUAAGCAUAAAAAGAACGAUGAAUUUGUAAUUCACGGAGAAAAUGAAAGAUUGGAUUAUAAUGGAGAAACUGUCGAAGAUGAUAAUAAUGAUUAUGUAGUUGCAUUAUACGACCCUCUUAACAAAUCGGUCGAUUUAUAUAAAUCUCCAUUAGUGCUCAGUAAGGUGACAGCCAAGUCGAAGAGAUCAUUCAAAGGGCCUUCUAUUAGACAAGCCGGUGUUCGUAAUGUUACGCAGCGUAAUGCAUUAGGUGAAGCUUUUGGUACCAAGAAGGCCAAGGCUGCGAUCACAAACUUAGAAAAGAACAGAAUUGACGCAGAUAAGUUGCAAGAAAUGGAAUUGGAUAUUGUUGAUUCCGUUAAAGAGACCACGCAAGAUUUGCCAACUAGAAAACAAAUGGAAGAUACUGUUACACAUGAUAGACCAACACCAAUUGCAAACGUUGAAGCCACCAACGUUGAGGAUAUCUAUGAAUUGUACAAUAUAAUACCCAAGAGGGAAUGGUCAUACUUGCGUGUUAACUCUCUUUUCACUGAAGAAGACCCUAAGCAAAGAUUGGAAUUAUUACCAUACGAUAAGUCAAUUUAUGUAUCAAAGCAUUUGGCCCCAUUAAUUUCUAGCAAUAACACUGAAAAAUUACAAUUAUUAUACUACGCAUCUUUAUUAUUUGGAGUUUACGAAAACCGCCGUGUUAAGGACAAACAGACUUUAAUGUUAAAAUUACAAAACAAACCUUCCGAAAUUUUAGUCGAUGGUAUCUUAGAAAGAUUUACCAUUCCUCGUGCCUCGCAAUUCGGUAAGUCAAAAGAUAGAUCGUUUGUAAUCGAUCCUCAUCAUGAAGAUAAGCUAUUGUGUUACUUAUUAGCUAUCAUUUUCCAUAUUGAUAACUUCAUGGUUGAGUUACCUCCUUUAGCUCAUGAGUUAAAUAUGAAACCAACUAGAUUAGUUAGUUUAUGCAAAGCAUUGGGUGCAAUUAUUAAAUCAGCUACCGUUGCCCAGGCAGAGGCAUUUGGUAUUCCAAAGGUUUCUGCAAGCACCUAUAAAGUCGCAACCUUAAAGGUUCCUUUCAAGUUACCAGAAAUGAGUAAAAGAGUAAGAAAGGGUGGUCGUUAA